UUAUUUCAGGGUGUGUCACUUUAAAUGCCCACGCCAGCGCAGCAUGUGUCACGUGAUCUGACGCGGAAGUCGCCUGUAUGGUCCGGAGACGACAGGGCAGUCCCAGCUGGUCCCAGCCCAGCGUCUCCUGCACUCGUCCCCUUAACAAGAUUCAACAAGUCAGUGUCAUGCCGGUCCCCGCGAUGGCAGAGCCUGUGGUUGAUCACCAGAGACGCUUCCAGGCUGCAGUGGACGUCAUCCACAACCUCCCCAAAAGUGGGUCCUACCGGCCGUCCUAUGAGGUGAUGCUGCGUUUCUACAGUCUGUACAAGCAGGCGGUGUGUGGACCCUGCACAGUGGCUCGACCCGGCUUCUGGGACCCUGUGGGACGCUACAAAUGGGAUGCCUGGAGCAGCCUGGGAGGGAUGAGCACUGAGAGCGCCAUGGCAGCAUACGUGGACGAGAUGAAGAAAGUAGCACAGGAGGUCAUCAACACCAUGCCCAUGAAUGAGAAGACAGCCUCACUCUUCCACCACUUCGAGCCUCUCUACCUGGUGAUAGAUGACAUGCCACGGCCUCCAGAAUCUCUUCUCACACUCACAGAAGAUCUCAAAGGCAGUGAUGACGCUAGCGGACCAGAACAUGUGAAGGAGGAGGAAGAAGAGCAGGCUGCUUCUAAAGAAGACUCUUCUCCUCCAGAGGAUGCAGAUCCAGAUCUGGAGUUCAACCUGUCUGAGGUCAUAGAGGUCACUGCCAUCAACAUCACCAAUGACUCUGGAGUGUCGGAGGGUUUGGUGUUGACCAGUGACUCAGAGAGCGAGAUCUUCUGUGACUCUGUGGACUCAGUGGAGCAACUCAGCAAUGUAAAGACUCCGGUCAUCAAAUCAAACGGUUUCCACAACGGCCACGUGUCCCCAGAACCCUCCACGCUUGAGAGUGAGCAGCUGGAGGGCCGUCUGGAGGGCCGUCAGGUCGGAGCCGGUCAGGGUGGAGAGGGGGCAGAGGACGGGAAGGGUUCAGGACCCAACAGGAGGAGUCGAGACGCUGGACGGGACGGUUCUAAUCACAACUGGAGAGAACGUGGUGUCCCUCAGGGCAGUCCGAGGCGAGGGGCCCCUGGCGGAGGUGGUGGAGGCGGUGGAGGCGGUGCUGGACGAGGAGGAGGAGAUGGUUCAGAGGCAGCAGCAGAGAGGCUGCAUGACGUCCAGCUGCAGCAGCAGAUCAUCCUGGCCCUACGGAGGCUCAGAGAGGACAUGAGGAGUGUGAUGGACCGGCUGGAGGUGGUGGAGCGGCUCGCUGCUACACAUACCCAGAGUUCAGAGUGGAGACCAUGCCUUCAGUGUGCAGCUGCUGCCUCACAAGAACAGGAGGAGCGGUGGUGGCCGUUUGACAUGUCGGGUCAGACCGUCGUCCUCUUCCUCUUGUGGCCGUUCGUGGCUCAGGGUCUGGUCCACCUGCUGAGGAAGGCCCAGAGGAGGAACCGUAUAACUUCAUGAAGAGACUUUCACUGAUUCACCGACAGAGAGGAGUUUAAUUUCUACUGAAGAAGAAGAAUCAAAACUUAAUGAACGGAAAGCCUUCAUCCUCCUCACUGUGUGCACUGGAAGGAGCGAGAGAGGACUCAGACCUGAUCCAGAUCUGGAUCCCAAUCCCUCACUACAGAACAAGGGUCUUUAUUUAAAUCAUUCGGGUGGAUUCAUGCUGGCUGCUGACGGCUGCAGAAACUUUGGACUGGUUCUAACGCUCAUCAUCAGAGCCUGCACACAACACUUCAUGUCACCUCAUCAUGUAGCGCGAGGUUAACUUCAAGUUCUCAACACAUUUUGCAAUAUUCAGAAUAUUCUGCAGUCGCUGCAGCCGACCCAAGUCCCCUCUAAAGAAGUCAACCUGCACAUCUGUUGAAAAGAAGUCAUGUAGUUACAGAAACUUUGUCACUGUCACUUUGAAGUUGUGAAGACUGUUUCGGAUGUGAUCUCUUUUGUUACACUUCUCACUCACUAAUAUCUCUCACAGAUGAUUCUUGACCUCCGAUUGUCCGUCAGCAUCUCUUAAGAUUUGUAAUCACUGGGGAAUCCAUGUAUGUUUAACUUUCUAAUAAGGUACUUAAUUAGGUGCAUUAAUCCCUUUAAAGAUUACCCAGAGGUAAAAUACCUGCUACACUUGCUGUGUUUGGAUUUAGAUGUCUGUUAAAGUGUUAGAACAAUCUGAGCCUGUAGAGACAAACACAAAGUGUCUGAUUUAAGAUUCUGUCCUCUCUGAGAGGAGAAACGUUUCAUCCCUCUCCCCAGACUCCUUUAACAAAACUACAAUGUAAACCUCCUGAGUCCUCACAGGAGUCUGACCUCUGAUUUAAUUAACAGUCUGUAUGAACAUGGACGUAGCCUCAUUGACGUCGCCCCCGUUCAGUCUGAUCAGAAUAAAGGAACGAGCUGAACAGACUGAAACUGUUUCUGUUCCAGGAUGCAAACAUGUUUCAUUCAUCUUUAAGCAAGUUGCAUCCUUCAGUUUAAAAAAGUGAAACCAAUGCUAAGUGUGAUAUAAACUGCAGUUCCUUGAAUGUCCACAUGAGGUCAGGAGUCCUUGUUAACACCCAUGUUAAAACAUAAAAGUUUAACGUAUACAACCUGAAACAACAGUUCUGGUUUUGAAGCUUUUUAUAUUUUGCCAGGAGUUAAAAGUCUGCCUCAGCUUAACCUCUUCACCUGUUCUUUGGCCUAAUAUGGCGACUGCCAUCGCUGGGCUUCAAAAUACCUCUUCAGAAAUGAAUGGGUAACGCCUUAGAGACACUUUCAUGUUUAAUCUGACUCAGUCUAUGACUCUGAUGAGGUCUCCCAUGCUUUUGAAGACACCUGUGGUCACUGGAGACACUGCCUGUGUUUUGCACUUCAGCAUUGGUGCUCGGUUGAUACCAGCCAAUCAGUUUGUGUCAGACUUAAAUAGUGUAAAAACACAUCAGGGUCUGGCACUGCAGCAACACUUGCACACAUUACCUGUGUAGGAACUUUUUAACAUGAUGAAUCUCAGUGGCAACCUCUGAAGUUGAAAUAUAAAAACAAUGCAAUAAACUGCAGUUCCUCCAGUGUCCACUUGAGGCUGUCUCGUAUUUGAAGCCAAACAAUGGUGGUCACCAAAGUGAAAAUGUUGACUCGACGUUCAGUCGGAUUAAAAGCAGGUAGAGCGGUGAAGAUGAGAUAGUCCUUUACUAUUCCCACAACAGGGAAAUUCAAGUGUCGCAGUAAGAAAGUAGACAAAGUGCAAAAGAAAUAUAUAAAGCAAACAGCCUAUAAAGUAACAAUUAUUAAAAAGUUAUAAGCAAUUAAAAUUAAAGAGGUAAGAAAUAAGCAUAUAUAUAUAUAUAUAUAUAGUUGGUUAUAGAGUCUGACCACUGCAGGAAGAAAAGACCUGCGGUAUCUCUCCGUGAGACACCGCGGGUGAAGAAGUCUGUCACUGAACGAGCUACUUAGUGUUGUUAUGGUCUCCUGAAGGGGGUGUGACGUGUUGUCCAUCAGAGAAGAUAGCUUUGCUAUCAUCCUCCUGUCAGCCACCACCUCCACAGGGUCCAGCAGGCAGCCCAGGACAGAGCUGGCCUUCUUUACCAGUCUGUUCAGCUUCUUCCUGUCAGCAGCAGAGAUGCUACUUCCCCAGCAGACCACUCCAAAGAAGAUGGCUGAUGCCACCUCAGAGUCAAAGAAGGACCUCAGACCUGAACCAAAAGACCUGAGUCUCCUGAGCAGAAAGAGUCUGCUUUGUCCCUUCUUGUACAGCGUAUAGCUACCACAUACCUGUCUGUCAACGCAGAAAAAUAAUAAUACAAAAUAAUUAACCCCGUCUAUAGAACAUAAUACUUUUUAUGUAGCAGGCUGUAAACAUGUUUGACGCUGCUGUAAUGAUGGACACUAGCCUCAAGUGGACACUUCAGGAACUGCAGGUUUUGCACUCGUUAAUUGACUUCAUGUUUUAAGACUACAGGUUGCAGCUUUAGCCAUACAUAAUUUGCAUAAAUAGAGGAGUGGCUAAGUUAACUUCACUUAUUCAUUGGCUUCAUUUCUCAAAGGAACCUGGUUUCAGAUUCUGGGUUCAGAUCCAAACCAAGCUAACAUUACCUUUUGUCAAUGGAGUUUGUUUGCCUUAGAGGAAGUGUUGUAACUCCUGUCACUGGUCCAAACCAGAGGCUGAAACAAGAACUUUGAGUGACGCACUUUGUGAAUUUAUUCUGUUAGAAUAAUGUUGCAGCCUUUGCAGCUUCUUCAGCAUCAACCUGCUGGAGAAGAGAGUAAAGUUUUUGCACCAAUUUUCAUUAAAGCCCAAAAAUACAGGGAUUCCCCUCACAUCUUUAGACUCCUCUGGAGCUUAUCUUUUGAUUAAUUGUGUCCUUAAUGUAAAUUAACUCCAUCUUUUUAUCACUGUGAGAAUAAUCAUGUGGCUAAUUAUGUUGAUUUUCACAUCAGCAGCUUGUUUGUUUCGUCCGUUUACGUUGGGUUUGAUCAGAGUGACACUGUGACAUGGGAGGUGUGUUUGAGACUGUCUUUAAUAAAUGAUGGAGGAACUGCAGUCAA